UGCCGUACUUUGCUAAACACGUGUGAGCUACAAACUUAGCUAACAUGCUAUGAUUCUGAUGGGUUAGCAUGUGAAAUUCGUAUGGGGCCCGAUAUAUAUUUUUCUAUAAUAGUAGGAUAUUUUGCACAUUUAGAAUAUUGACCCCUACAUUUUUUACACUAGAUCAACAGGACUGAAGGUAAAUGAUUAAGUAAAUAAAUAAAUAAGCAGCAGUGUUGAGUGGUCAGGGCUAGCUAUAACUAGAGCACAGAGCUGGGUGAGAGUGAGCACUGACUCUUACUUAAGUUUACAAGUUUCCUUUCCUCUUCAUCAUCAUGAGUGACCGUGAGGAUGAUGAUGAUGAUGUGCCUCAGCUCUCGGCUGCUGCUCUGGCGGCUCUGCAGGAGUUUUAUGCGGAGAAUGAAGCAGGAAACUCGGCACUGAGUCACAGCUUCACUGUGGGAGCCAUUCAGGAGGACUGGGGGAUGAGCCAGUUCUGGUACAGCGAUGAGACGGCUACACAGUUGGCUCAGGAAGCUGUACAGCAAGCAGGGAAACAGGGGAGGAUAGCAUGCAUCAGCGCACCCAGCGUCUACCAGAAGCUGAAGCAGCUGGAAUCCCAGAGUACAGAUGGGUCACACUGUGUGUCUGCCAUGUUGCUUGAAUUUGACCGUCGAUUUGCUGUGUAUGGUGACGAGUUCAUCUUCUAUGACUACAACAACCCGUUGUGUUUGCCUGAAGAUGUCCUCCCACAGAGCUUUGACAUCGUCAUCGCAGACCCACCGUACCUAUCCGAGGAGUGUCUGAGCAAAGUGGCACUCACAGUAAAAUACCUCACCAAGAGUAAAAUCCUGCUGUGCACAGGGGCUAUUAUGGAAGAGCAUGCAAGAAAACUCCUGGAUGUGAAGAUAUGCAGUUAUCUACCCAAACAUAAUCACAACCUUGCCAACGAGUUCAGGUGUUAUGUUAACUAUGAGUCAGGUCUCCUCUAGGCUUGGAGCGAGACCUUAAAAUAAGGCUUAUUACGACUUAUGGACUGUUCAGACAAUUUAAUUGGUCCUAAUUUGUUAUGGGAUUAUUUUGUCUGGUUUAUCAUACCUGGAUGGCGUGAUAUUUUAAUGCUUGAUGUAUUAUUUUUUUUAAAAUCAGGAUUAACAUUAAUUGUACAUAUUACAGACAAAAGCAUUUUGACUUGGUGAAAGCAAAUGCAUUUAAGAUGCUUACUAUGGUAAAUAAAACAUUGCUGAAAAACUGUUAUACAUUUA